AAGAGCCGCUGGGUGAGGUCUGUUGUUGUUACUGAGGAAAUAAUGGAGAAAGUCUGUAAAGUUGAGAACGUAAACCCGCAGGAUUUAUGGAGUUAUUGAGGUUUUAAAACUCUCAUUUAUUCUGGACUAACGGAGUUUUAUUGUGGAGCUUCCUUACGUACCUCCAUGCUCCGGUACUCUCCCCAUUGGCUGCCUAUGGAUUGCUAGCUGCUAACGCUAUAUGCCAGAGCACCUGUCUCCAGCCUCUUUGUCUCACUCACUCACGUCUGUGGCUUCAGGUCCUCUAGUCUGUCACUCCUCUGAACUUGGUACGGUAAUUAGUCUUUCUCCUCACUAGGUUUCUGUCACAGCUAACCGACCCACGCUAACAAGAGCAGGACAAAGAAAGAUGGACUGAAACUGUCUCCGGUUAGAAAUGUUCGAUACAAACAGUGUCUGCGACUCGCUGGAUAUUUAUAAACCCAGAUAUUCUAGACAGUAAAAAGACAUGGCGUCCUCCAAAGCAAAGGUCGGAGUCAACAGUGAGACCAACUCCCUGAAAGAAAGUAAAAGCAGCGGGAGCGGUCCGGCUGGAGAAGCGGCUCCAAACCACCGGAUAUACUGCCUGGAUGACCUGGAGACCGUUGCCACAGUGGGCACGGGGACCUUCGGCCGAGUCUUCCUGGUCAAGGACAAGAAGAGCCGAGCCUUCUACGCCCUGAAGCAGAUGAAGAUCCCCGACGUGAUCCGACUGAAGCAGGAGCAGCACGUCCACAACGAGAAGGAGGUGCUGACAGAGGUCAACCACCCCUUCCUCAUCCGCCUGUUCUGGACUCACCACGACGACCGCUUCCUCUACAUGCUGAUGGACUACGUGCCAGGUGGCGAGCUGUUCAGCUACCUGCGCAGCCGUGGGCGCUUCAGCAACGCCACGGGCCUCUUCUACACCUCGGAGAUCGUGUGCGCCAUUGAGUACCUCCACUCCAAAGAGAUCGUCUACCGCGACCUGAAGCCUGAGAACAUCCUGCUCGACAGUGAAGGACACAUCCGCCUGACCGACUUCGGCUUCGCUAAGAAGCUCUCCGACAGGACCUGGACUCUGUGUGGCACUCCCGAGUACCUGGCCCCUGAAGUCAUCCAAAGCAAAGGUCACGGCCGAGCGGUGGACUGGUGGGCCCUGGGCAUCCUCAUCUUUGAGAUGCUGGCUGGAUACCCGCCGUUCUUUGAUGACAACCCCUUUGGAAUCUACCAGAAGAUCCUCGCUGGGAAACUGGAGUUCCCACGCCAUCUGGAUUUCUAUGUCAAAGACCUCAUCAAGAAAUUUCUGGUCAUCGACCGAGCCAGACGGCUAGGCAACAUGAAGAACGGAGCAGAUGACGUGAAGAAGCACCGCUGGUUCAAGACAAUUGACUGGGAGGCGGUUCCUCUGAGGAAGCUGAAGCCUCCUAUAGUCCCUAAAGUUUCCCACGAGGGCGACACGUCCAACUUUGACGUUUACCCCGAGGAUGACUGGAAGAAAGACCCUCCUGUGCCUCAGAAGGACUUAGAGAUCUUCAAGAACUUCUGAUCAGACCGCCCCAUUUAUUUAUUGAUUAGAAUAUCCUGAGAAUUGACCCAACUUGUUGUACAUUUACUGUUACAGGUACUAUCAUGGAGAAAAGGCGUAUUUAUUAAGGCAGGGAGUCACAUUAUGUCUGUAAUAAUGGCUUCCCUCCAGACAAACUCCAGAUGAUCAAUGCUGUGACAUGUAUCAUACUGCAGAGAUGAUUUGCUUUUUUAUGUUUAUUUAUCUGACAAAAGUCAACGUUUAGCUGUUAUUGUUUUUUGGGUUUUUUUUGUUGUUUAUUUUAAUCAGCUUUUGUUUCUCUGAGCCUCAUAUGCAAAAAUGAUGCGGUUCCUGUGAAACCCAAAGACUGUUACUUUCUAGGUUUAAAAAAAAAGAAAAGAAAAAAAGAGAAUAAUCAGGUCUUUUUUUAUAUCGUCAUGUUUUAUAUUUUCUCUCUUUUUCAAAUGUUCAUGUUUAACGUGACUCCAGACUGGUGCUGUGACUGUCAGCUGGCCAGUGGUCACUAAAGUGCAGUUUUCGACUUACUGUAUAUUGUAAGUAGUCAUGAGUCAGACAAUUUAUUUGAAAAUGUGUGACCGGUAGCGCUUGUAAAAAGGUGCCUUACAUCACUUUUUGAUGGGCAUGAUGUCUUGCGAUUCCAUAAAGUUCACUUGAAAGGAAGCUCCUCUACAGGAAGCUCAAUCAUGGGACAGUCAGGACAUGGAAGGUGUCUUUAUUUCCUGGUGCAGCUUUAUUCACAGCCAGGACUUUGUCGUUACUGUUACAGACAGGCUUUCCCAUCAUCAUCAUCCCCAUCAUUAUCAUUGUUGUCAUGUAAGUUGCUGGGAUGUGAUAUCAAUAUCGUAUUCAGUACUCAUGCGUUUAAGCUCAUCAUGUAGUCGACAAUAUUGGCCUUCAAAAUAAACUUCAUAUUGAUCUCUC